UAUAAAAAAACAAAACUCCUUGUUUAUAAAGUACAUUUGUUAAGCUUGGCAUCAUGUUACGCCAAAAUUCCUCAUGCAUCAACUGGCAUUUUUUGUUAGUGGGAUUAUUUUUCAUCAUCAUGCAAUGUGAUGCACGUGCGGUUAAUGUUAGCAACACUUGGACAAUGCCUCAAGAGGGUCUUAAUGUAUUUUAUCGUUUCUUUCGUGAUCGAAUAUCCUGGUUUGAAGCUGAUGCUGUUUGUCAAUUCCAUCAUGCCAAUCUGGUGACAGUCGACAACAGUUUUCAAUUUGAUGCAACCAGAGACCUUUUAAGAGAAUUAGAUGUUAACGACAUUGUUUGGAUUGGUCUUAUGAGACCUCAAAGCUCUGAUCGUUUUAUGUGGUCUAGCAAUUCCAGAGCUUUAGUGGCUGACACUGGCUAUUGGGCUGAAUCUUUGCCCUUAAUGGAUGCACCAUUGUGUGCUGUAAUUGAUCCCAUACGUGAUUAUCGUUGGCAUGCCUUGCGAUGCGGUGGUCCGGAGACAGCAUCCUUUUUGUGUGAAAUGCCAGUACCCAGCUGGGCAGAUGCUUGUAAUUUAAAGGACAUGCCAAAUUUAACCUUGCAGUAUAUGGCUGAUACAGCCAGCAUUGAAUUGAUACGAAAUUGCCAAGAGGAGGGUUUGUUAAGGACAAUGUGCAGAGGCAAACAGGAUCGUGAAAGAGCCUUGCAAGAUUUGAUCUGCCCUAGAGAACGUUUGGAGGCCCAGCGCAUUAAUGAUAUUACCAACUCCCAUUUCAAAUCCCUGCAAAUUAUAAAUUCCAUACCCUCAGAUAAUAAUGAGAACAAUGAUAUUGAAUUGUUGCCCAUGGAGGUGAACUAUGGUCCCCAUUAUCCCGAAGAAUUGCAAACCGAAAAGAAUACCGUGCAGCGACUUAUAGAACAAUUCAAUGUGGAUGAGUUAAUGCAGGCCGAUGAGCCCUCUAAUAUGGAAACUGUUAGCUCAUUCUACAAAAUUCCUGGCCUCAUACCAAAACCCGUUAAAAAAUCAGCCAAAAAGGUAUUGGAAUAUCCCAAAAAGGAUAAUGGCAAACCAAAGGCUCUUACAAAUAUGGAACAAUCACAGAAAGAUAAAAAGCGCUUGCCGGUAGAAAUGGAUGAAAUGAUGAUGGGUGACCAGCCUCUGCAGGGGGAACCAGAAAUGCCGGAACAACUUUUAAAUGAAGAUGUUUCCAAUGAAAUAAUGGAACCUUUGCCGCACAUCAAGAAAACUAAUAUACACAAAGAAGAUGGCUUGGAGAAAAUGGAAAAGGAGGCCAUUGCCAUGAAGAAAAGUUUGCAGAAAUCUAAGGAAAUGGAAAAUAAAAAGAUGUUUAUGAUGAGUCCAACCACAACGACGACGACAACAACAACAGAGCCGGCUACCACAACAACUACUACCACCACAACCAGUAGUCCAACAACCACAGAAAAACUUUUGACAACAACUGAAACUGUCUCAACAACUAAAGCUGAUGAGCUAACAACAGUUAGUGAAGACCACACGCAUAAACAUCAUCAUCAUGAAGGCCACACAGAAUUUGACAAUUCCGGAGGCCAUUUGACAACAACAACCUCUUCAACCAGCAUAGGUCAUCCAAUGCAUCCCCAACAGCCACGCAGCAAUGUGCUAAACGAAGAAAGUCAACAUGCUCAUACAAAGGAAUCCACAGACAGUUCUCAUUUCAUACCCCCCAUGUUGAUGGUAAAAUCUCAUUAUGUGCCACCUGUCAACAAACAUGGCCACACCGAACACGAACAUCACCAUCAGCAUCAUCAGCAUGCGGAGGAACAGCCACACUUAGAGACCACAACUGAAGAACAAGCUCAGCCCACAAUAGCGAAAUAUGAACAAAAUCAAACCUCAGAUAUUGUUGUGGCGGUGACAACUCCUAAAGUGUUGGAUUUAGAGAAAACUACAUUAAAGACUUUGGACACCUCAGGCAGCAGUACCGAAAGCGAAAAACAAAUUGCCACAACCAGACAGGAAGAACAUCAAACAGCACCAAUAACUACAACAACUGAAAGUGACAGCAGCAUAAAACCAAUUACAGAGCAACAAACAGCGGAAACGGAACAACGUAAAAAUUCCAAAAAUUUAAAUUUCGAGGAAAUACAAACCACAAUGACCACAACAACUAUACAGGCAGUAGUUGUCUCCACAACUGCAGCAGCUACUACCAACUCUGAAGAAAUUAAUAAAAAUAAUGCUGGCCCUGAAAAAGAUGAGGAUGAGCAGACAACACAUACAGAUGCCGAAACAACACAAGCCACAAUACUGAUUGCAACAACAGAAAAAUCCUUAAAAUCCACAGAAAAACUUUAUGAUUUGGAGACAGCAGUAGACAAUAUACAAAAAAUACAAGAUAUUGCUGAUACAACAACAGCUGCAGUAACAGAAGCAGCAGAGACAACAAAGAAAACAGAACAACAUGUGAUAACAACGGAAGAAAAACUGGCAGCAAUAAAAUCUACAGAACAUAAAGAACAUUUGCAAACAAUAGCCACCACCACACAGAAACUAGCUACAACAGAAACAGCACAAGUAAUAACAACAUCAACAAUACCAGCAGAAAUACAAAAACAGAAACCAACUACAACCACAACAAUAACAGAAACACAAAGUUUACAACAAAUGGAAAAAGUCCCAGCAAAUGGAAAUAAAGAAGAAGAUGAAGACAAACAAAAAGACCAAGAUGAAAAGGAAACAAUUGUAAAAACAACGGAAAUACUAGUAACAUCAUCGCCAACAACAAAAGCACAAGCAACAGAAGAUACACCAGCAACAACAACAACAGUUGUAACAACACCAACAAGCUCAAGUAUAACCACAACUACAACUGUUAAACCGAUUACUACAACUGCACCACAAAAUGAAGUAAAAUCAACUGAGACUUCCUUUUCCUCUACGAGCACCAGCAACACCAACAUCAUCACUACUACAACCACUGAUAUGCCAACAACUACUAAUAAGGAUUUAAGCAGUACCAGCACCAGCACCACCACCAUUACACCACCCACCACAACAACUUUCUCAACAUUGGUGGCCUCAUCAUCUUCUUCAGCAGCAACAACAACAACAAUAGAAAACGAUGCUGAAUCAGCAACAGCCCGAGCAGAAACAUUUUAA